GAGGAGGAGGUGGAGGAGGAGGCGGAGGAGGGUCAGUCGGUGGUUUUGUGUGGAGCCGGUGGCGGCUGCGGCGGUGGCGGCCUUUCCCCCUCGCCUUCCUCCGCUUUGGGAAAGGCUUCACGACGGGGUUCCUUCCUGGCCCCCGAGGAGCCGCUCCUUCGCGCGCAGCCUCCGCUUCUCCUCCUCCUCCUCCUCCUCCUUCCCUCCCAGCCAAGGCCGCCUCCUCCUCCUCCGCCAUGGAGCCAGAGUCGGUGAUCGAGGACAAGACCAUCGAGCUCAUGUGUUCUGUGCCAAGGUCUUUGUGGCUAGGCUGCUCCAACCUGGUAGAGAGCAUGUGCGCACUGAGAUGCCUGCAGAGCAUGCCCAGUGUCAGAUGUCUCCAGAACACUUCAGUAAUGGAGGAUCAGAAUGAAGAUGAGUCUCCAAAGAAGAGCACACUGUGGCAGAUAAGCAAUGGAACUUCAUCUGUGAUUGUCUCAAGGAAACGACCAUCUGAAGGAAACUACGAGAAGGAAAAGGACUUGUGUAUUAAGUACUUUGACCAGUGGUCUGAAUCAGAUCAGGUGGAAUUUGUGGAACACCUUAUUUCACGAAUGUGUCACUAUCAGCAUGGACAUAUUAAUUCUUACUUAAAGCCCAUGUUGCAAAGGGAUUUCAUCACUGCAUUACCAGAACAAGGUUUAGAUCACAUAGCAGAAAAUAUCCUCUCCUACCUUGAUGCCAGGUCACUCUGUGCAGCAGAACUGGUUUGUAAAGAAUGGCAGCGAGUUAUUUCUGAAGGAAUGCUGUGGAAGAAGCUUAUUGAAAGAAUGGUACGAACUGAUCCACUCUGGAAGGGACUAUCAGAAAGAAGAGGCUGGGAUCAGUACCUGUUUAAAAACAGACCCACAGAUGGCCCUCCUAAUUCAUUUUACAGGUCACUGUACCCAAAGAUAAUACAAGAUAUAGAGACUAUAGAGUCUAACUGGCGGUGUGGAAGACACAAUUUGCAAAGAAUUCAGUGUCGUUCUGAAAAUAGUAAAGGUGUUUACUGUUUACAAUAUGAUGAUGAGAAGAUUAUUAGUGGUCUAAGGGACAACUCCAUUAAGAUCUGGGAUAAAACCGGAUUGGAAUGUUUGAAAGUAUUAACAGGACAUACUGGCUCAGUUCUCUGUCUGCAGUAUGAUGAAAGAGUAAUUGUAACUGGAUCAUCUGACUCCACUGUGAGAGGUUGGGAUGUGAACACAGGUGAAGUCCUGAACACACUGAUUCAUCAUGAGGCAGUCCUUCACUUGCGUUUCAGUAAUGGCUUAAUGGUGACCUGCUCAAAGGAUAGGUCCAUUGCAGUCUGGGAUAUGGCCUCCCCAACUGACAUCACUCUCCGGCGUGUAUUAGUUGGCCAUAGGGCUGCUGUUAUGUUGUCGAUUUUUGAUGCAAGUAUUGUAUCUGCUUCUGGUGAUGGACCAUUAAAGGUCUGGAGCACAAGCACAUGUGAAUUUGUCCGCACUCUUAACGGGCACAAGCGAGGGAUUGCCUGCCUCCAGUACCGGGAUAGACUUGUUGUCAGUGGAUCAUCAGACAAUACCAUUAGGCUUUGGGAUAUCGAAUGUGGGGCCUGUUUAAGAGUGCUAGAAGGACAUGAAGAACUGGUUAGAUGCAUUAGAUUUGAUAACAAGCGGAUUGUAAGCGGGGCCUAUGAUGGCAAAAUAAAAGUUUGGGACUUGCAAGCUGCCCUUGACCCUCGUGCCCCAGCAAGUACACUAUGUUUACGUACAUUGGUGGAGCACUCAGGACGUGUAUUUAGACUCCAGUUCGAUGAAUUUCAGAUCAUUAGUAGUUCUCAUGAUGAUACCAUUUUGAUUUGGGAUUUUUUAAAUGUGCCCCCCAACGCACAAAAUGAGACCCGCUCUCCAUCCCGAACAUACACUUACAUCUCCAGAUAACAGUCUGCAUUCACUGCUCUCUGAGGAUUUCACAGUCUUUGAACUACUGGACAUUUGGCUAUUACACACCUGAAGACAUUAGCCACAGCUAAAGUCAGAAAUGGUUCUAGGUGCUGUGUAGAUGCAAAAUGGCACAAUUCUAUAUCUAAACCUACCUUUUCCAGUCGUCCUUGACUCAGUGGUCUCUAAGGAAUUGACUAGGAAUUCACUGAGUCCAGGUAGAAGAAACUCAGUUUAUCCUUCACUGCAAUGCAAGAUCCAAAGCUUCAUGAGUCAAUUGCCCAUAUACACUGAACUGAUGGCUUGUUUUUCCAGGAGUAAAUCAGAUGUCAAGGAAGGACUUGACCUAAUUUAUAUUUGCUUUGCACUUUUAUCUGACUCUGAAGAAAAACAUUCUCAGUGAAAUGUGGGUGCCAAACACAUGCCCAGAAUGUACAGGGCUUUGCUUUCAAAGUCAUUGUCGUCGUCAUCAUCAUCAUCAUCUUCUUCCCAUAGACUUUUUGUGUCACGACUGGUGAUGACUGAUCGUAUUCAGAUGGCUCUAAGUAUCAGUUGGACUGUUAGAAAUGUUUCUGAAUGGAUCAGUAAUAUUUUGGAUGAUAGUUUACUUAUGUCUGCACCAGUACUUUGCUUUAAUUUAAAGAUUGUAAAUUGAGAUAGAUGAUCUGAAGGAGGUGUACAGCACUGUCUUUUCUUUCAAUUGUACUCUGUACUACAGCCGUCCUCCUCCUAACAUUUGGUAUAGUUGGACCCUUCACGUGUGCUUGCAUCAUUAUUUCCACUACCGUAACGUAUAAGCAUGUAGAUAUAAUGUACAUAAACACUGUAGCCUCCAAGUACUGGGAGUCAGGGUUUCCUGAUACUGUAAACAGAUGCCAAGGCAGAAGUUUCUAAGCAUCCAGGCAUUCUUACUACUGGCACCAUAUAGGGUUGGGAUGUACUUAGAAAUAUUUCUCUGUGGAAAGGAGGAUUUUGGUAUUCCUUAGGAUAUUUCCUUUUUGAAAAAUGAAUUGAGAUGAGAUGUCUUAAGUUCUUACCUUCUAAAACUUCUUGACAAAAUUAAAAGUCAAAAUUGUCCCUGCCCCCCAUGCUGCAAUAUUUGCAAGAGGCCAACAUUGCAGAUACACUGACAUGGUUUUAAAUCCAUUCAAAUAAUCCUUGAAUACCAUGCUCAGUUGAGGAAUUAGAGAUGACUGUUCCAUUGUGACAUUGUAGGAGAUUAUUGAAGUACCUUACUGUUUAUAUUGAGAAUUUUAGCAGUUAAUGGCACAUAUGUCAUUGGAAUUCCUUCUCUCUUUAAACCUAUGACUGGUCUUGACAGCUGGUCAUACAUUUCCCUAUAUGCAAGCAAACACUCUUGGAAUACUUUCUCCGUAUCUUUAAGUUAUUGCUCGGCAACAUUGUUUAGUGGCUUAUUCUAAUACGUAUUUUUUUAAAAAAAUAUUAACUAAUAAAAUAUAAUAACUGGUUGGUCUAGGAGUUGUAGUGGGCAUGGAUAUGGACACUGUCAUUCCUUAGUCAUGAUUUUGUAUUUGCUUUUGAUUUUUCUUUUGUUUCCACUCCUGAUCUCUCCCUCCCUCCCUCUCUCUUCUUCUUUCUGUUCUCUCCUCUCGUCCUUUUGGUUGAGGGGUCAAGGAAUGUUGAUAACCAAUUUUAAAUGACCAAUGAAUGAAUUUUGUUUUUUAGUGGAACAGCUAUGGCUGGAUAUUACCCUCGCACACUUGCCAGCUUGUCAGUCAAAUUAAAAAGGAAAGCACACAUCAGAUGUGAAAAAGUUGCACCCGGAGCUGCUUCUGGCUAUUCCACCCUUUGCCUUUCUCCAUGUUACUAAAUCAACUGUUCUGAGCUAAUAAACUCCCCUUGUGAAACAUGGCAAAGCAGGACUUAGAGCACAGAUAUGAUUAAAUCUCGCCAAAUACAUUAAGAGAACACCUCUCCAUGUUCUCAGUUUUUAAAAUGGAUGAAAUUUAUGGAAGUGGUUUUAACCCCCCUCCCCUCCUCGAUGUCAUCAGAAACUGUAAUGUGGAAGAUUUCCUAUUGCAGCUCUGAAGAUAAAGGUAUUUAUGGAGAGUGACCUUUCUUUAAAAAAAUGCAUGUGUAAGAUGAAAUUAAUGUUUUUCCAUGGGAAAUAAUGGUAUUUGAAGACACAGCCUAAACUACUUUUGAUUGUGCUUGGUGUAACAUAGCCGUGGAGUUUGUGGCUGGCACCCAGGGAACUUGGCUCCUGGGGUUAAUGGUAGUACUGGCUGUACUCUGGACUUUGUUUCGCUAAUCAUUACUGAGCAGCUGUAUGUUACUGCUAGAUUAAUGUUUCGAAGCACUGGGAUAGUCUUAUUCUAACUUGUAAUUAUGUUUGCCAGUUACCUGUUUGAAAAGUUUGUGUAUGAACAGCUUAUUGGACAACUGUUGAAUUGUACAGAUAUUGUUCCUGAUAUAAGGCUUUGUACUGUGGAAUGUGCUUAAUAAAAAAAACCCCUCUAAA